AUGUCGACGUUUAACGCUGAGACGGCGGACAACUUGGAGGAUAUUGAGAAGCAAUUCGCUGUGGUGGCAGUGGAGCAGGCGGAGACGUACUGGGGCCUUAUUAGCAAGGUGCCAGGCUCGAAGCUGCGGCUGACGAAGUACGACGAUGAGAUCUAUGAGACGUUCAUGGAGCACUUCCCCGAAUACCGGGACAUCGAGCGCGUGGCUCGUUUCCAGGAGGAGGAGCUGAAAACGAAGGAGGCCAAGGAGCGGUGGCGGAAGUUUAUCGGGUUGUUCGAGAAGAAGAUCGACGACUUCAACUUCGGCACGCUGCUGCGCACGGACGCGCGGCAAGAGUACGGGCAGUUCACGACGUGCUUCGUGGUCCGUCUGCAAUUCUACGCGUUUGAGAUUGCGCGGAACAAGCAUGGGCUGAACGACUGGGCCGUAGGCCACUGA